AUGCCACCGAAGCGAUUUGCUCGUUUUGUUUCAUCCAACUCAGUCUCACGACCCCAACGACAACGACGAACUGGAGAAACCCCGGAAGAAUUCAAGAAGGCUGCUGAGGAAGUCGCCCAGCAGCUCAAUCAGUUUCUUCCGAUACGCCAAGCUCCUCCCCCACCCCCACCCAAAUUACCACAUAUUGAUGUUAAUGAUGAUAAUGAUUGGAUUAACGAACAGAACAACGAGGUUCCUCGUGAUGGUGAAGGACUUGCACGCAACAACGAAUUCCGGAGACGCUACUAUCAAAGACGCUAUCGAAACUAUCUCGAUAAACGUCAAGAUUGCUUCAGGGAAUGGGGUAAACUUGAAAACCAAAUGACAUCUACUUGCAUUUAUUGUCAACAUGUGACAAAAAACUGGACUUCUCAAGAUUCUCAUAUCGGAACUAAGCCACCUGGAUGUAACUGUACACCAGCUCAACAAAAUUUGCGCAAUGUUGAUUUAAUUGAUUCACUUGGUUUCCACAGUAACCAUCCAAUCACUUUCUGCUCAUGCCACCCAGAUGUGAUUCAACUGCUAUACCAUGGAUACAUAGCCAGCUCCCCGUCCAAACCUCGCACCGCCUUCUCGAUCCGGCUUCUCCAAUUCUAUUAUGCUAUGUGGCAAGCAGCAGGGCUCAGUAAAGGCGGUUUUAUUGAAGGUCUCUUGACAUUUAUCUCUACUCGUAGUCGUACAAAAUUAGUCGGUAUGUUACAUACAACCGAAGACUUGUGGGCAGCCAAGUGUCCCCGAUGCUUUGGGCCGGCCGAAAACGAAGACCGCACCGAUCAAGAAUUGUACAGCAUAUUUUGCAUGGACGGAAAUUUUCAGCAGCGGCAUAAUACUCAGUCAAGUAAAGAUGUCCCUACCGAUGAUCAAUAUCCCUCCGUUUUUGUCAAACCUUCAGAAGUCGAUCAAAGCAAGUCCUUUGUGGAAUCGACGAUUGACAUGCCUAUUGAAGGAGGCCAAGUCAUCCUACAUAAUAGUGGCAAAUGGCUUUUAGCACGGAUGAAUCAAGCGAUAUCAACAGAGCAGAAAAGUCAAACGAUUUUGACUAACAUCUACGCACUGCCCAAUCCUCACAAAGAGGGCGAAAAGUAUACCGAAGAGUUCUUUAUUGAACAAUGGGCUGCCGAAAGAAAAGCAAUGCUUGAUCCCAAAUCUCGGCAAGAAGAGCAAAAGCUUGAACUCGGCGAGCUCCUCUGUUUAGAGGAUGAUUUGGACAUUGCUUGGAGAUCUGUGGCUCAGACUCCUCAGCAAGUGUUGACUCGUGCACGUCAGCUUGGCAACCUUCAAAAACGAAUUCAGAAACAAAAGAAGAUGAUUGGUAUUAACGAAAUGACCGACGGCUUACAAGGGGUAUCUGUAUGGGUUGCUGAUUCUCUUGGACCAUCAGAAAAGCACACGACUCUGUUCUUGAAGGUCUGGUAUGCCAAAUCAAUUGUUCGACAUCUCUAUCUUGCUAUCAAGGAAGAGAAACGUCCGUUAGAGAUUGUACAACAGGUUGGAAUGGCUACAAAAUUGGGUCAACGUGGUCAAGAGAAAGUCUUGGCUUCCAUAAAAGCUCGCGCAGCCAAGUUACGACCGGCCCUUGACACAUAUAACCGGCAUCUCACAGCUUUCAAGGCAGCUUUUCCCGAUCGCGUUGCCCCAAAAGCCAUGGAUUUCAAGGAACUGUUGGCAUCUGAACCCGAUGAUCAGUUUUGGAACGAUGGUCUCUUCACUCACGGUAACGAACCUUGGGCAAGUGACCGUCCUACUCAAGUUGGCAUGCGCGCGUGGGCUCGGUUACGUCAAUGUAAUGAAGAGAAACGGAGGUUACAAUGGGAGACUCGCCGCCUUAUGCGUUGGACGACUCAGCAAUUCCAACGCCUUCUAGACUUGCUAUUACUGCUAGGAAAUCACCCCACAGCUGGACAAGACCCUGCCACACACGCCCAACUCCAGUCUUUCAUGAACCACAGCACCUUGAAUUCCCUAGCACCUGAUCAACGAACCAUCGCAGUGAAAGUGCUUGUGAGCAAGCACUUCGACCGCGUAUGCCAACUGUACGAAGGUUGGAACUCCCCUGUUCUUGAGGUGUUCCGGAUGAAUGGUCAGGUUGGUGAUGACUCUCUUGCGCGCGUGUGGCAUUACCAGAUGGCACAGGUGACAUUCCUGCAAUCAAACUACUAUUCUUCAAAGAUUCCUGGAGAUUUUGAGUCACUGAUUGAAGGAGUAAUUAGGUUUUGUAAUAUCACUCAUAACAUAGUUCCAGGUGUGGUGGUCAUGGGAGGUGUUGCAGGGAAUAUCAAUGUAGAUGAAGAGGAUGAGAACAAUUGGGAAAAUGAUGUUGAGGAUAUUUUUGAAUGGGAUAUGAAUUUGGAAGAAAUUGACAUGAUGCUGCAGCAAAAUGAAAGUGGUGAAGAUGAUGAUUGA